ACGGAGGGAGACCCAGAAAAGCGGAAGAGUUUAGAGGCACCCUGGGUAGGUUCGAAUUUAUUGUUUUCAAAAACUAAACAAAUGAUCCUUCGGCAGCAUCACCUCCACUGCUUUAUCAGGUAUUUUUUUUGCCCUUCCUAUUUUUUGCCUUUUGUUGGGUCUGACUCUGAAUAGUGACACUUCCUUCUCAGCUAGAAUAUUUUUAUCUGGAACUGCUGUCGGUUCUUGAGUCGAUACUACCCCUGAAUGUCUCUGUUUCAUUGUCUAGUGCAACCUCUAAGAGUGGAUACCCACGAGGUUCCAGCAAUAGUUUUGCAGGUGCAUCAGUUUUUUGUUAGUUUGUUUGUUUUCAUUUGGGAGGAAGAAGGACACAGGAGUCUAUCCCUGACAGGCUUCAGUCUUACCAGUGCAUGCCUGGCCAUUAUUGUACUCACCAGUGUUUCUAACGUCUUCUCUAAAAGGCGAACGCUUCAUAACCUCGACCAUGAAGGAGAGCAGUCGCGCAGGGCAUGGAGCUGGAGAGCAAUGAGCAGCCCGUGGUUCUGAGAGAGGACAACCGCCGCCGGCGCCGGAGGAUGAAGCCGCGCGGCUCGGCGGCCAGCCUGUCCUCCAUGGAGCUCAUCCCCAUCGAGUUCGUGCUGCCCACCAGCCAGCGCACCAGCAAGACCCCGGAGACGGCGCUGCUGCACGUGGCCGGCCACGGGAACGUGGAGCAGAUGAAGGCGCAGGUGUGGCUCCGCGCGCUGGAGACGAGCUCGGCGGCCGACUUCUACCAGCGGCUCAGCCCCGACCACUUCCUGCUGCUCUACCAGAAGAAGGGCCAGUGGUACGAGAUCUACGACAAGUACCAGGUGGUGCAGACCCUCGACUGCCUGCGCUACUGGAAGGUGCUGCACCGGAGCCCCGGCCAGAUCCACGUGGUGCAGCGGCGCGGCCCCUCCGAGGAGACGCUGGCCUUCCAGCGGCAGCUCACCGCCCUCAUGGGCUAUGACGUCACCGACGUCAGCAACGUGCACGAUGACGAGCUCGAGUUCACGCGCCGCCGCCUGGUGACGCCACGCAUGGCGGAGGUGGCGGGCCGCGACCCCCAGCUCUACGCCAUGCACCCCUGGGUGACCUCCAAGCCCCUCCCCGAGUACCUGCUGAAGAAGAUCGCCCACAACUGCAUCUUCAUCGUCAUCCACCGCAGCACCACCAGCCAGACCAUCAAGGUCUCGGCCGACGACACCCCGGCCGCCAUCCUGCAGAGCUUCUUCACCAAGAUGGCCAAGAAGAAGUCCCUGAUGGAUAUCCCUGAGAGCCAGAGCGAGCAGGACUUCGUGCUGCGCGUCUGUGGCCGCGACGAGUACCUGGUGGGGGAGACGCCCCUCAAGAACUUCCAGUGGGUGAGGCAUUGCCUCAAGAACGGGGAGGAGAUUCACCUGGUGCUGGACGCGCCCCCGGACCCCGCGCAGGACGAGGUGCGCAAAGAGGAGUGGCCGCUGGUGGAUGACUGCACCGGCGUCACCGGCUACCAUGAGCAGCUCACCAUCCACGGGAAGGACCACGACAGCGUGUUCACCGUGUCCUUGUGGGACUGUGACCGGAAGUUCAGGGUCAAAAUCAGAGGCAUCGACAUCCCGGUGCUGCCCCGCAACGCGGACCUCACGGUGUUCGUGGAGGCGAACAUCCAGCACGGGCAGCAGGUGCUCUGCCAGAGGAGGACCAGCCCCAAGCCCUUCACGGAGGAGGUGCUCUGGAACGUGUGGCUUGAGUUCAGUAUCAGAAUCAAAGACUUGCCCAAAGGGGCCCUGCUGAACCUGCAGAUCUACUGCGGCAAGGCCCCGGCGCUGUCCGGGAAGGCCUCUGCCGAGACCACCAGUCCCGAGGCCAGAGGCAAAGCUCAGCUUCUCUAUUAUGUGAACCUGCUGCUCAUCGACCACCGGUUCCUCCUGCGCCACGGGGAGUACGUGCUCCACAUGUGGCAGAUAUCUGGCAAGGGAGAAGACCAAGGGAGCUUCAAUGCUGACAAGCUCACGUCGGCCACCAACCCGGACAAGGACAGCUCAAUGUCCAUCUGCAUUCUUCUGGACAAUUACUGCCACCCGAUAGCCUUGCCUAAGCAUCGGCCCACCCCUGACCCUGAAGGGGACCGGGUUCGAGCGGAAAUGCCCAACCAGCUUCGGAAGCAACUGGAGGCGAUCAUAGCCACCGAUCCACUCAACCCUCUCACAGCAGAAGACAAAGAGUUGCUCUGGCAUUUCAGAUAUGAAAGCCUGAAGCAUCCCAAAGCGUAUCCUAAGCUGUUUAGCUCGGUGAAAUGGGGACAGCAAGAGAUGGUGGCCAAAACAUACCAAUUGUUAGCCAGGAGGGAGGUCUGGGAUCAAAGUGCUUUGGAUGUUGGGCUGACAAUGCAACUCCUGGACUGUAACUUUUCGGAUGAAAAUGUGAGAGCCAUUGCAGUCCAGAAACUGGAGAGCCUGGAGGACGACGAUGUUCUGAAUUACCUGCUACAGCUGGUCCAGGCUGUGAAAUUUGAACCUUACCAUGACAGUGCCCUUGCCAGAUUUCUGCUGAAGCGUGGCUUAAGAAACAAAAGAAUCGGCCACUUUUUGUUUUGGUUCUUGAGAAGUGAGAUAGCCCAGUCGCGGCACUACCAGCAGAGAUUCGCUGUGAUCCUGGAAGCCUACCUGAGGGGCUGCGGCACCGCCAUGCUGCGUGACUUUACACAACAGGUCCAAGUCAUUGAGAUGUUACAAAAAGUUACCAUUGAUAUUAAAUCGCUCUCUGCUGAAAAGUAUGACGUCAGCUCCCAAGUUAUUUCGCAACUUAAGCAAAAGCUUGAAAACCUACAGAAUUCGAAUCUCCCCAAGAGCUUUCGAGUUCCGUAUGAUCCUGGACUGAAAGCAGGAGCCCUGGUGGUUGAAAAGUGUAAAGUGAUGGCCUCUAAGAAGAAACCCCUGUGGCUUGAGUUUAAAUGUGCCGACCCUACAGCUCUAUCAAACGAGACUAUUGGGAUUAUCUUUAAACAUGGCGAUGAUUUGCGCCAAGACAUGCUUAUUUUACAGAUUCUACGAAUCAUGGAAUCCAUCUGGGAGAUUGAAUCUUUGGAUCUGUGCCUCCUGCCAUAUGGUUGCAUUUCGACUGGUGACAAAAUCGGAAUGAUCCAGAUUGUGAAAGAUGCCACAACCAUUGCCAAAAUUCAGCAAAGCACCGUGGGCAACACAGGAGCAUUUAAAGAUGAAGUCCUGAAUCACUGGCUGAAAGAAAAAUGCCCUAUUGAAGAAAAGUUUCAGGCAGCAGUGGAGAGAUUUGUUUAUUCCUGUGCUGGCUACUGUGUGGCAACCUUUGUUCUCGGAAUAGGCGACCGGCACAACGACAAUAUUAUGAUUACAGAGACAGGAAAUCUAUUUCAUAUUGACUUUGGGCAUAUUCUUGGGAAUUACAAAAGCUUCCUGGGCAUUAAUAAGGAGAGAGUGCCAUUUGUGCUAACCCCAGACUUCCUGUUUGUGAUGGGAACUUCUGGAAAGAAGACAAGCCUACACUUCCAGAAAUUUCAGGAAGUCUGCACUAAGGCUUAUCUGGCCCUCCGUCAUCACACGAACCUUCUGAUCAUCUUGUUCUCCAUGAUGCUGAUGACGGGAAUGCCCCAGUUGACAAGCAAAGAAGAUAUUGAAUAUAUUCGGGAUGCCCUGACCGUGGGGAAGAAUGAGGAGGAUGCUAAAAAGUAUUUUCUUGAUCAGAUUGAAGUUUGCAGAGACAAAGGAUGGACCGUGCAGUUUAACUGGUUCCUGCAUCUUGUUCUUGGCAUCAAGCAAGGAGAGAAACAUUCAGCCUAAUGCUUUGGGCUAGAGAAACAAGUUAGUGUUCCAAAGCUUUAAGUUAGCAUGUCAAUCAUCAACCUUGGAUUUAAAUUCUCAUAGGACAUUAUGAAAGCUGGCACCUCAGAAAUACAGCUCUUUCCCUAGCUGAACUCUUCACUGGAGACAAAUAUUGGCAUGUCUGAUUAUUUAAGGAUAGUUCGGUUCUAGGCCUAUUUGCAGAUUUGUUUCUAUCUCAUUCGUCUCAAUGAUUUUGGAGAAUAUUCUAUGUUUAAACAGACUAAUCAGUUCCUUGUUGUGCCUGAUGUUUUGACUAUCUUAUUAUUGAGUGCCUCUGGAAAUUCUUUGGAAUAAUUUGUGACAUCUAUUUUCAUCUGGGUUUACUCUCCAUUUUGGUUAUCCUUGUGUUCCUCAAGCUCUUUACAGAAAAUAAUGUGCUCAUUGUAGUCUUUGUCUCAUCCCCUCACGGUAUUUUCAAACAUCCCCUCGUUGUCUGCAGAUGCCAGUGGUGCACUGAAAGGAAGGAAAGCGAGUUCGUCUUUUCAGCGUCUUUUGCAAUGAGGUCCUUUACAGUGUACAACUGAGACGCACAAACACAAAAAUGGAAAAUCUGAACCUUAGUGCCUUGGCCCUUCUCUGCUGGGCUGGUUCCAAGAUUAUAAAUAGGGGAAAAUAGAGAUGAGACCAUUUGUCCCCACUCUGUCCACAGAGUGAAUUAUUAAGUACAACUAUUAUAGCCUUGUCCAGCAUAGAACCAAGAAGCAACUAAAGGGACUCAUUUUUUUUUUGCCUUCAUAUUUUUCUCCCUCCCUUUCUCCCUGCCUCUCUUCUUCUUGCCACCCUCCCACAGCUUUUUACCCAGAGUUGUGAAAUUUUCAAGAACCCCUUUACCCUAGAUUCAAAAAUCAGUUGAGAAAGAAUUUCUCCUCUAGGAUUACUUGGAUUUUAGGCAUUUAUUUGUAAAGAUACUUGAAGAAGUUUUGUUUUUUUAAGUAUAUUAUUAAAGGAGACAUUCUAGAAAUUAUGGAUUAGUUUCCAAAUACGUUGGUUUUAAAUUUUGAUCUGAGAAGCUUUUUCUUUCUUUCUUUUUUAUUAAUGGAAGAAGAUAUUUGCUAUCUAAAAAGUACCCGAGUUAGGAAGAACACUACUUGUCCUAUCCACCUCUCAAUUUAAAGAACUUUUACACUUUGAACACAUUCUUCAGGUUUUCAAAAAACAAUUGAAAUGUCUUUUUCAAAAACUAUUUUCAUCUCUUAAUUACUUUGCUAUUUAUUGGAAGUGUUGGUUAACCUCAGAGAAACAUCGUUAUUUAUAAAAUAUUUUUAAAUUACUUAUAGGUAAUACUUUACAAAGGAAUAACUCUGUUAACAGUGUCUGUUUAUAUUAGAUAUAAAUAUAUAUUAAAUUUAAAUAUUUCUAAGUAGAUACCUGGUUUGGUGUAGCCCAAACCUUCCUUCUGUGUAUGCAAAUGCUCUGUAGUUUUUAACUCUGGGUACAAAUAGGAAUCACCAGGGACACUUUUUAAAAUACACAGCCUGGACCAGCCGGUGUAGCUCAGUGGUUGAGCAUUG